AUGCCAGUCCCAGGAAUUCCUCUCCCUGGAAGUAUGGAAUGUCCUUCCUGCCGGCAUAUUUCCAAAGAGGAAGCCCCAAAGUUCUGCAGCGAGUGUGGACAAAGGCUGCUUCCUGCAGCCCCCGAAGGAGUACCAGGUUCUCAGAGCAACCUCAAGGAGACAUCGGCCCCAGAGGGAGAAAUGGAGUGUGGACAGGAGCUGAGGGAGGAAAGCAGCUCCUCCUUGUCCCUGGGCUCAGGUGAUUGGCAAGAAGACCCAGAUGAGCCCCAUUCGAAUGCCUCAUGGCAAACCAAGCGAGGAGUUGUGUCCGAGGGUUUUGUAGAUGCGGCAGAUGGCACAUCCACAUCUGAUGAGCUGGAACCUGCUAGUUACUCUGCCUGCAAAAGAAGAAAAGAAGAUGCAACCCUGUUUGAGGUCACUGACACGUGCUGUCCAGACUCUGAGCAGCGGCGUAGAAGGAGUAAAAGGAAGAAAAGGAAUUGGAAGGAUGCUUCCACAUCUGCAGAGUUGGAUUCCUUGUCCUCAUCCUCAUUGGAGCCCUGUAGUCUGAGUUCGCUUGCAGACUCUGGGCUCCAGGACACAGCUCCAUGCCAAAGCCCAACUCAGCAGGAUAGUCCCACUCACCAGCCAGGCGAGCCUCCAAGUGUGGGCAAAAUACCACUGGAGGCUAUGGGGCACCCUCUGCAAGGCGAGGCUGCAGGAGAGGCAGAAGCAGCCAUGGGCACUGAGUCUCUGAGCAGCCCGGCACCUCAGGACCAGACUCUGGGAGGAGCCCUCCUGGGCGAAGAUCUCCCCACUUCUGCCAGUGAAGUCUCUCCUAAGGAGAAGGAUACUGCCCAGGAGCUCCUGUUGCCUGAGCCAAAGGUGGACACCUCCAAGCCCAGGAAAGAGCUGCAGAUCACUGGGCAGCUGGCCAGGGCUCCUGCUUCUGGGGAAAGUGAUGCUGCAGCUGAGCCAGCUGGUUCAGUGGAAGGAGCUGAGAAAGAUGUUAAAGAUAGGACUGAGGAAACGAAAGAGCCGCCCACAAGCGUCCCUGCUUCCCGAGACCACCGCCAGGAAAUUGCAACCAAGGACCAGACGGCUGUUCCUGGAGGGAAAACAGGUGAUAAUGAGAAAGCCAAGCCAAAGAACCUGAAGAGGCCAGAGGGGAAUAACGGAAAUAAUGCAGCCCCUGUGAAAAAUGAGAAGGAGCAAAGGAACCAGAGCACACAGCGAGCUAAGGAGAGCCUGCUGAGCUCCGCGGAAGGAAUCAUGGUGUACUUCCAUGCAAUCAUUUCUAAACAUUUUGGAUUCAACCCCGAUCAACACAAAGUAUAUGUUAGGGGCGGAAAAGAACUCGGGAAGCCUGCAUGGAAUCAUAAUGUUUGCGAAAUGCACUACAGCAAAGACUUACAUGAGAACGGGUCCCUCAUUGAAGGCAGCACCACCAUUUCCAAGCAGUACGUGGAUAAACCCAUUCCUUACAAGUAUGUUAUCUGCCGAGGCAAGAACUCUGUGGAGUAUGAGUUCAUCUACAAAGAACAGGCAAAGAAAGGCGAGCACGUGAACCGCUGUCUGCGAGUGAAAUCUUCCCUUCUGCACUCUGGAGAUUGGCAUCAGUACGAUGAUAUAAUUUGUAUGAAGCCCCCUGGGACAGUUCAGAGAUUGGUGGAUCGUCUAACAGACGGUACGAGGAGACAGUUGGUGAAAGGGAAGGAGAUCUCAGCUGCCGUCAUGCUGGAUCGCAUCUUCAGCAUUCUUGAAACCUGGAACGCCAUCAAUGUAAAGAACUUUUUCACCCAGUUCCAGCAGUUCUAUUCUGUCGUUCGUGUGCCCAUGAUCUAUGAAGGAGAAGAACAGCCGUGGAUUGCUCUACAGUAUGAAGAGAAGCAGGUCAGGAGGCACCUAUGGGAGUGUUUGACAAAGAAAAUGGCACCAUUUCUGGAAACCAGUGGGGACCCCCUGCCUGAAGGCUGCCCAGUGAAGAGUAAAUUGAGAAUGGGCAUGAUUGUCCUUUCGUUAGUGGAAAAAUUCGACUUCGUCUUACUGGAAAAAGACCUGGCCUCACUCUGUCACCUCCUUCACUCAGAUGCCAGAUCAUCAGAUGCCUUUUGCAGGGACCUGAAACACAUCUUUGAACCAUCUCAGAGCUGGCGAGCGUCCUUGGUAAACCUGUGCCAAAUGUGCAUGGACAAAAAGGUUGACUCUUGGGUGUGUGCCCUGCCUGUGCUGCACCACUGCAUGGACCUGUCCCUGCCAGCCCAGGGCUCAGUCAUGCAGCCUGAGGACACCUGGGCAGCCCUUGAAGGCAUCUCCUUCUCAGAGUUUCGGGAAACAAGACCAGAUCAGAAACAAUUACUCGAGCUAAUGGAAAAAAACAUUUAUUUGCUGAAUGUGGAUAAGUAUCUGUUCCGAUCCUGGUUCAGUUUGCUUCCUCUGAGUAACUUGGCUCCUUACAUGGAACACCUCAUCGAUUACCUGAGUCAGUGUCCCCUGCGUGUCCUGGACUGUCUUCUAGGGACUUGGUACCGUCUGGACGGACUUCAGGAAAUCUCUCAAAGAAACCUCGAGAGUAUUAAGAACACUUUUAAUAUGCUGUUGUACCUUCUGUAUAUUUAUCAGGAAAAGAUUCUUGAAGAGCCCUUGAUACAGUCCUACUUGACUGUGUGCCUGAAACUUCACGAAACUACCUGCAGAAUAUCAAAAGCCCACACGUUUUAUGAGAUGCCUGCCUUAUCUGCUGAGAUUGUUUGCAGAAUUAUUAUACUUAAACCUGUAGUGGAUUCAGCAGGAGGGCCCGGAAUUGAAACUGGAAAGAAGAAUUCAGUAAAAACGGUCUUCCAGGGGACCCUCGCUGCUACAAAAUCUUGGCUUCGGAAAAUUUUUAAAAUGAGCAUGUUCUGGGCUGGUUCACCUGUCGUCACCUUUGCUUACAGCAAGGAGAUUGAGGUCUGGAGGCGACUGGUGGAAAUAAACUUCCCCAUGGAGUAUGACUGGAAGGAAUCCUUGCUGGGGGACAUGGCAGGGAGGCUCAAACAGGAGAAGCCUCUCUCCCAGAUUUCUGCCUUCUGCAACUUUAACUGGGAUGCCACAAGUGCAGAAGACAGUGUGGCGAAAUGCUUUGAGAAGUGUGCCAUUGAAGCCGUGGGCUCGGUCUGCCAGCCUCAAACCAGUAUCCUUGGGCAAAUCUCUUAUAAUGACUUGCAAAAAUGUGGCAACCUUGUGUCUGCUGUGAUCACCAAGUCCUGGCCAACAAGUAGAGGGGAGUUUGUCGAGGACUUGGGUGGGGUUUUGAAGCACCUGCUCACAUGGCCAGACAUCAAGCACCUCUUCAAGUUAUAUGGAACGAACGAGAAGAUAUUAGCAAAUAUUACCAAGGAAGGCAAGAAGUUGAUGGCCACUGCGGACUCUGUGUUCACAGAAGUUACAAAUGACCUCAUCAGUGGAACAAUUGUAGUUGGGCACCUGGAGCUGAUCCUAGAACGCAUGGAUCAUUUCCUCUACAUCUGGCAGUUAAAGAGUGAAAGUUCUUUAGCCCAAGAUAAAAAACACCAUCUGAGGAAAGUGCUGAGUCAGAGGAAGAACGAACUAUUCAUGCUAAAGAAAGAGAAGACAAAUGUUGACUCUCUCCUGAAGUUGUGUGAGAGGAUAAAAGACGUGAUAAAAGUGGAUUUUGGAGAGAUUGCUGAAAGACAUUCAGAAGACCUCAGUGGGAAAAAGUUAAACCAAGUUGUGACAGUGACUUUGUCAGCCACCUCCCUUGACUCGACGUGGACAACACAUUAUAACCUGAGCCCUGAAGUCCAAGAAAUGGCCAAAAACGCAUAUUUGCUAAAGGACAGUCACAUCUUCCAGAUCUUCUGGGCAGAAGCCGCACAGGAGCUGAGUGAGCCAGAAGAGAACUUGGAAAGGGAGAUAUUUCAGCCUGAAAAGGUGUAUGAAUAUUUAUAUUGUCCUUGUUUCAAAAGGUUUACAAAACUGUAUCAGGAUCUGAAGUCAGGGGAGGUCACAUUUGGGGAAAUCGAUGACAUCUUCAAGGACUUUGUGAAUAAAUACAGCGACCUAACUGAAGACCUCCAGACCAUGUGUGCUCUGUAUCCCAGAGACCAGAAGGAUUGGAUCAAGGAGCGAGUCCAGCAGAUCAAGGAAUACCAUCACCUGCAUCAGGCUGUCGACUCAGCCAAGGUCAUCUUGGAGGUCAAAGAGAAUUUGGGCCUGACUGGUGACUUCAGUGUUCUCCACACCUUACUAAGCUUUACUGUCUUGGACAACUUUCGCCACAAAAAACUGGACCAUAUCAACCAACAAAUUAUCCGUGCCAAAAAGCUUCUGCAGGAUAUUGAUGAGACUCGGUGUCAGUGUCUGAAGGAGCUGUCCCAGAGAAAGGAGUUCACUAGUUGGGUCCAGGAGGCUCUCCGAGGCACCACCGAACUGAAGGUGUUCGUGGACCUGGCCUCCAUCUCUGCGGGGGAGAAUGACAUUGAUGUGGACCGGGUGGCUUGCUUCCACGAUGCUGUGCAGGGUUACGCGCCCCUGCUCUAUGAGCUGGAUACAAGUGCGGGUUUUGAUGAGUUCAUGCAGCACCUGAAAGAGCUGUGGAAGGCUCUGGAUAAUGACCACAACCUGCCCACGAAACUGCGUGACUCUGCCCGGAACCUCGAGUGGCUGAAGACAGUGAAGGAGAGUCAUGGGUCUGUGGAGCUCUCAUCCCUGUCCCUGGCGACAGCAAUCAACAGCAGAGGCAUCUAUGUGAUCAAGGCUCCCACGGAUGGCCAAAAGAUUUCCCCAGACACAGUUCUUCGUUUAAUCCUUCCCGAGGGCCAGGGAGGCCACAAGGAGAAGCGAGACUACUCUUUAGAAGAGCUGAAAGAGCUUUUGAACAAAUUGAUGCUGAUGUCUGGCACGAAAGAACACAGCAAUGCUGAAGUUGUAGAGGUAUUUUCUGAGGUGUUCUGCAACGUGCAGAGGCUUGUCCAGUCUUUCAUAAACCUUUACUCUGCUGGAAACAUGCUGUUCAGGGCCUGGUCAGCUGAAGUGUACUGUACCCCCGUAAACGGUGCCUCCAUCCGGCUGGACUUCUGUCUGAGGCUAGUGGGCCCACUGGUGGAGGGCGGGCCAGUCGUCCAGCUGCUGGAAGCCCUCUGCCGGCAGCUGGAGGACUUCCUGGGCUGCUGGGAGAGAUUCGUGGCAGAGAAGCGAGCUGAGCACUUUUACCUCAACUACUACACUGCUGAGCAGCUGGUUUACCUGGGCUUGGAGCUCGGGAGUCAGAGGCCCAGCAACGCGGCCCUCACCAUGCUCUCCUUCAUCAAAGGCAACUGCACCCCAUGGGAUAUCUCAGAGGCCUGCAGGGGGCCCAGUGGAAGGGCCAACACCCACCAAGAGAGUACAGCGGUGGAAGACUUGGUACUGUUGCUCUUCUCUGAGUCCAGACUGGUGGACAAGCUGAGGGCCAUCAUGGAACUCUCAAUGAAACACAUGAGAGUCUUCAUGCCUCACUGCCUGGACCUGGAGGCCCUUGGCCGCUGUCUCGCUCACCUGGCGAGGAUGGCUGGGCCCCCUGUGCAGCGGGAGCUCUCCCAUGGCCUACAGGAGGGCCAGCCCAACCUCGUCGUCUGUGGCCACUCUGAGGUACUGCCAGCCGCCCUGGCCAUCUACAUGCAGACCCCACACCAGCCCCUGCCCACCUAUGAUGAAGUGCUGCUCUGCACCCCAGAAACCACGUUUGAGGAGGUGGCGUUGCUCCUGCGUCGCUGCCUGACCCCAGGCUCCCAGGGACUCAGGGUCUAUAGCCUGCUGUAUGCGGACCAGCUGAGCUACGAGGUGGCCUGCCGGGCAGAGGCACUCUUCCGGAGGCUGUGCACGCAGCCCCACCGGGAGCACUACCGGCUUGUGAUGGUCUGUGACUGUGAGCGGGAGCACUGCUACCUCCCCUCUGCCUUCAGCCAGCACAAGGUCCUUGUCACCCCCCAGGCGCCUCUCAAGGACAUCCAGGCCUACCUGGCUCACCACUUCCGAGUCCCAGAAGAGACCCCGUCAGCCGCCGCCGUGUUCCAGGACCGCAUGUGUGUUGGAAUCGUAGCCUCGGAGAGAGCGGGUGUAGGAAGGUCUCUCUUUGUGAAGAGGUUGCAGGACCAGCUGAAAAUGCAGUUUAAUGGACCAAAAGUGCCUCUAAAAGUUAUUCGAUUGAUUGACCCUCAGGUGGAUGAGAACGAAGUCCUGAGGUCCCUUCUGCCUUUCCUGGAUGCCACGUAUCAGAGGAGACCCAUAAUAUUCCACUUUGACAUGACCUCUUCAGUACGGACUGGUAUUUGGGUGUUUCUUUUCAAACUCCUCGUUCUCCAGUACUUAAUGGAUAUAAAUGGGAAGAUGUGGCUUCGGAACCCAUGUCACUUAUAUAUCAUUGAAAUCCUAGAAAGGAAUUCGACUUUGCCACGAAGGCCUUCAAAGCUGAAUGCACUUGUCCCCCAGUUCAAUUUUCUAGAUGUCUUCCCCAAAGUGACCUGCAAACCUCCCAAAGAAGUGAUCAACAUGGAGCUGGGUCCUCAGCAGAGCUACAAAGAGCCAGGAAUGGAUCUGAGAGCAUUCUGUAGUGAAACAUUCCAGAGACCUUACCAAUAUUUAAGACGGUUCCAUCAGAAAGAAAACCUAGACACAUUCCAGUACCGAAAAGGUUCUGUUGAGGGCAGCCCUGGCGAAUGCAUUCAACACCUCCUGAUUUACUGCGGGGUGAUAAACCCAUCCUGGUCAGAACUUUGGAACUUUGCUCAGUUCCUGAACUACCAGCUCCGAGACUGUGAGGCCUCUCUCUUCUGUGAUCCCACCUUUGUUGGAGACACACUGAUGGGCUUCAAGAACUUUGUGGUCACCUUCAUGAUCUUCAUGGCCCGAGAUUUCGCCACACCUACACUUCACACAUCUGACCAAAGUCCGGGGAAGUACACAUUCACUAUGGAUGGGGUCAAAGAAGAAGACCUCGCCCCUUUCUCUCUCCGGAAGAGGUGGGAGUCGGAGCCCCACCCAUACGUUUUUUUCAACAGUGACCACACAUCCAUGACGUUUAUAGGUUUCCAUUUCCGGUCCAACCAGAACGGUGGUGUUGAUGCCAUAGACCGCUUGAGUGGGAAAGUAAUCAAGAAGGAUGUUAUGACAGAGCAACUGUACCAGGGACUGUUGCUUCAGAGAGUGCCCUUCAACAUUGACUUUGACCAGCUGCCCAGACAUGAGAAACUUGAAAAGCUGUGCCUGGCAUUGGGCAUCCAGUGGGCCACUGACCCUGAUGAAACAUACGAGCUUACCACGGAUAAUAUGCUGAAGAUCCUUGCCAUUGAGAUGCGCUUCCGGUGCGGCAUCCCCGUCAUUAUCAUGGGAGAAACCGGCUGCGGGAAAACCAGACUCAUUAAAUUCCUUAGUGACCUGAGGCGUGGGGGUGCUGAUGCUGAAACCAUGAAGUUGGUCAAGGUCCACGGAGGAACAACUGCCGACAUGAUCUACUCCAAGGUCAGGGAUGCUGAAGAGCUGGCCUGCUUCAAUAAGGCCCAAUAUCAGUUGGACACCAUCUUGUUCUUCGAUGAAGCCAACACCACGGAGGCCAUAAGCUGCAUCAAAGAGGUCCUAUGUGACCACACAGUGGGUGGCCAGCCCCUGGUUAAGAAUUCUGGCUUGCAUAUCAUUGCAGCCUGCAACCCUUAUCGGAAGCACACCCAGAAGAUGAUCUGCCGUCUGGAGUCAGCUGGCUUGGGGUACAGGGUUAGUGCAGAAGAGACGGCUGAGAGGCUUGGCUCCAUCCCCCUGAGGCAGCUGGUGUACCGUGUCCAUGCUCUGCCACCGAGCCUGAUCCCCCUGGUGUGGGACUUUGGACAAUUGAAUGACUCUGCAGAAAAGCUCUACAUCCAUCAGAUUGUCCAGAGACUGGUGAAGUCCAUCAAGAUGGUGCAGAGCGAGACUCAUGUAAUCACGGAAGUGCUUUCUGCCUCUCAGGGUUUCAUGAGGAAAAGACAAAAUGAGUGCAGCUUUGUCAGCCUCAGGGAUGUAGAACGCUGUGUGAAAGUUUUCAAAUGGUUUUACGACCACAGUGAGAUGCUCUUGUCUAAGCUGGAUUCCUUUCUCUCUAAGACUGGGGUCAUCCAAAAUGACUUUGAGAGAGAUCCUGUCCUCUGGUCCUUGGUUCUGGCCAUUGGGGUAUGUUACCACGCCUCUUUAGAGAAGAAGGAAUCUUAUCGGAAAGCUAUCUGCAAGUUCUUUCCUGCACCAUAUAAUGACAGCAGGGUUAUCCUAGAUGAGAUAACGCAAACCCAGGAUCUUUUUCUGAAUGAUGUAUCUCUGAGGAAAACAAUCGCCAGGAACUUGGCUUUGAAGGAGAACGUCUUCAUGAUGGUUAUCUGCAUUGAGCUCAAGAUUCCUCUCUUCCUGGUGGGCAAGCCCGGCAGCUCCAAAUCUCUCGCCAAGACCAUCGUGGCAGACGCCAUGCAAGGCCAGGCUGCACACUCGGACCUCUUCCGGCACUUGAAGGAGGUCCAUCUGGUGUCAUUCCAGUGUAGUCCACAUUCCACCCCACAGGGCAUCAUAGGCACCUUCAAGCAGUGUGCCCGUUUCCAGCAGGGGAAGGACCUUGAGCAGUAUGUCUCCGUGGUGGUGUUAGAUGAGGUUGGACUAGCAGAAGACUCACCCAAAAUGCCCCUGAAGGCACUGCACCCAUUGCUGGAAGAUGGAUGUAUUGAAGACGAUCCUGCCCCCCACAAAAAAGUUGGCUUCAUAGGCAUUUCCAACUGGGCCCUGGAUCCCGCCAAGAUGAACCGGGGUAUAUUUGUGUCACGUGGCAGCCCCAACGAAAGAGAGCUCAUUGAGAGUGCCAAGGGAAUCUGUGCUUCAGAGCGCCUUGUCCAAGAAAAAAUCCAAGGAUACUUCACAUCUUUUGCCAAAGCCUACGAAACAGUGUGUAAGAGGCAGGACAAGGAAUUCUUUGGGCUUCGUGACUACUAUAGCCUCAUCAAAAUGGUCUUUGCUGCAGCAAAAGCUUCCAAUAAGGAGCCUUCCCCUCAAGACAUUGCACAAGCUGUCCUUCGGAACUUCAGUGGCAAAGACGACAUUCAUGCCCUGGACAUCUUUUCAGCCAAUUUACCCGAGGCAAAGUACACAGAGGAGGUCAGCACAAUGCAGCUGAUCCACCAGAACAUAUACGGCCAUCUUCAGAAGAUGCACGGCAGAGAGCUGGAUGACUCCGAGUCCCGCUACCUGCUUGUGCUGACCAGAAAUUACGUGGCCCUGCGGAUCCUGCAGCAGGCAUUCUUCAAAACAGACCAACCAGAGAUUAUUUUUGGAUCCAGUUUUCCCAAAGAUCAAGAGUAUACCCAGAUCUGCCGAAAUAUCAACCGAGUAAAGAUCUGCAUGGAAACUGGCAAGAUGGUGGUGCUGCUCAACCUGCAGAACCUCUAUGAGAGCCUCUACGACGCACUCAAUCAAUACUACGUCUACCUCGGCGGUCAGAAGUACGUGGACCUUGGUCUGGGGACCCAUCGGGUCAAAUGUCGGGUUCACCCAGACUUCCGCUUGAUAGUCAUUGAGGAGAAAGAUGUCGUCUACAAACGUUUUCCCAUCCCCCUCAUUAACCGGCUGGAGAAGCACUAUCUGGACAUCAACACUGUUUUGGAGAAAUGGCAGAAGAAUAUCGUGGAAGAGCUCAAGGUCUGGGUAGAGAAGUUUGUAGAUGUGAAAGCUGAGCAGUUUCUAGCCAGACCCAAAUACAGCCCUUCUGACGUCUUCAUUGGGUACCACUCAGACACGUGUGCCUCUGUGGUGCUCCAGGUCAUAGAGCAGCUAGGGCACGAGGCCUUGACUGGUGAACGUUACCAGAAAGUCUCUGAGCAGGCCAAGUCAGUGCUGCUGGAUUGUGCCACCCCUGAUGCUGUGGUUCGGCUGAAUGCUUCCGCACUAGGCCAGUUCACUGCACAGUCCCUGUCGGAAGAAUACUAUUACAGGCAGCAGCAUAACUCCUUUGCAGACUUGCUCCAGGCUCACCUUCGCACAAUGGAUUCAGAACACCAUGCCAUCUUCACAGAGAUCACUACGUUCUCCAGGCUGCUAACCAGUCAUGACUGUGAACUUUUAGAAUCAGAAGUAAAGGACUGGGCUGUGAAACUCACCGUCCUGUCACUGCAACAGUUUGACACCGAGUACUCUUUCCUCAAGGAAGUUCGAAACUGCUUAGCUCACACAGCCAGUUGUAAAAUUCUUGUUAUUCAAACAGAUUUUGAAGAUGGAAGUCAGAGUGCUCAGCUCAUUGCCUCAGCGAAGUAUUCUGCUAUGAAUGAAAUCAAUAAGAUACAAGGAAAUAAGAACUAUAUCUUAGUCAAUUUUAUCACAAAACUGUCCCGGAUGGGAAGUGGAACGUCCUAUGUAGGAUUCCAUGGAGGGCUGUGGCAUUCUGUGCACAUCGACGACCUCCGGAGGUCCACAGUCAUGGUUUCAGACAUAACUAAACUGCAGGAUGUGGCCAUCAGCCAGCUGUUCAAACCAGAAGAUCCCGCUAAGGUGGAGGUGGGACGCCGAGCCCAAGAAGAUGGUGAGGAGGCGAUGGAAACUGAGGCGGUCACAUCACAGCAAGUGGCAGAGGUAAAAAUGGAGACAACGCAGAUCCUGGACACCACCAGGCUGCUGAAAAGCUGUAUUCAGGGUGCCGUGGGCAUGCUCAGAGACCAGAAUGAGGACUGUCAGCGCAGCGUUCAGAGGGUGUCCAUCCUCCUCAGCCUCCUAGACGAAGACACCACUUUCUUGCUGGUCGCUAAGAUGCGCCUCUACGUCCUUUUAACGAAGCAGGAAGAAAACGCUAUCUGCAAUGUGAAGGACUGGGUGGUGAGGGAGGCCUCCAAUCAGGACGCUUUACAGGAAGCCGGCACAUUCAGGCAGACCCUCUGGAAGCGGGUCCAGGGCGCUGUGACUCCCCUCCUGGCGAGCGUGAUCUCCUGCGUGGACAGGGACGGCAACCUUGACCUGCUGGUCAACCCACACUGUCCGCCCUGGGCGAGAGAUCUUUGGAUGUUUAUUUUCAAUGACGUUAAACUUCUGAACAUUCCUCUUGUGACGAUUGAUACAAGGUCUAAAGGAGAGAUGUCUUACAUCGUGGUGCAGAACUACAUGAACCUUCCAGAGAAGGCAUCCAAUAGUGUCCCAUUUAGCUGGAGAAUCAAGGACUAUCUGGAGGAGUUGAGGGUCCAUACUCAGUACAUCACAGGAAAUGCAGGACUGGCAAAGAAGUUACUAGAACUCUUUCAGAAGACCCCACUGGGCAGUUUUCUUGCUCAGCUCACAGUGGACCAGCGGCAGGAGCUUCUUCAGUGUUAUCUGAAAGAUUUCCUUCUCUUGACCAUGAGAGUGUCCACUUGGGAGCAGUUAAACGUUCUGCAGAUGGCUCUAUGGUCCUGCAUCAAUCAGCUGAAUGCAGGAAUGCCGGAGAAAGAGGUCUCCUUACCAUUAGUGCACCUCGCCUACCACCGUUUCAGAAACCGGCUACAGAACUUCUCCAGGAUCUUGACCAUCCACCCUCCAAUUCUACUAAGCCUUACAAAAAGCACAGAGAACCACAACUGGGCUAGAUGUGAGAUGAGUCUGGAUGUGUUGGCAGGAGUGGCCUGUGCUGAAAUGCUGACGGAAAACCUCCUGAAGCCCAGUCCCCAAGCUUGGUUACAGACUGUGAAGAAUCUUUCCAUGCCACUGGAGCUCCUCUGCUCAGAAGGGUACAUGCAGGACUGUGGGAUGAUGACCAGAACCCUCAUCAGAGAUAUCAGAAUCCACUGGAAUCGCAUUUUCUCCAUCUCGCUCUUUGUGGAGCACGUGCUGCUGGAGACAGAGAGUCAAAUUCCUGAGCUGCGUGAGCUGGUGACCGACUAUGUCUCCUUGCUGAAUAAGUGCCUGCUAGAGAACUCUGACAUGAAGACCCACAGGCCUUUCAUGGCGGUGAUGACUACUCUUCGUAAAUGUAAAGACCAGGUCAGCGAGAGUUUCACCAGGUUUGGGGUUCAGCCAUGCCCCAUCUGCCUGGGAGAUGCACAGGAUCCUGUCUGCCUGCCCUGUGACCAUGUAUUCUGCCUGCGCUGCAUUAAAGUUAACCUCACCCAAGGGCAUAUGGGAUGCCCCUUGUGUUUAACCGACUUACCAGACAGAUACUCUCCAACUGUUUCCCAGGAGCACAGGGAGGUCAUUGAGAAACAUGCCCGCUUCCGGCAGAUGUGCAAUAGUUUCUUCGUGGACCUGGUUACUACCAUGUGCUUCAAAGACAAUUCUCCACCUCAGAAGGAAGUGGUCAAAGACCUGCUAUCCUUACUCUUUGUAGAGAAGGAGCUCCUUCGAGAGGCUCCCCAACGACGCCGUGAACACACAAAAUCUCUUUCUCCUUUUGAUGAUGUCGUGGAUAAGACCCCCGUGAUCCGCUCAGUGGUACUGAAACUGCUUUUAAAAUACAGCUUCUGUGAUGUGAAAGAAUAUAUUCAGACUUAUUUGUCCAAGUUAGAAAAGAAACCAUUCCUGGCUGAAGAUAAAACCGAACUGUACAUGCUCUUUAGCAACUGCCUGGAGGAUUCAAUACAUGAGAAGAAUAAUGCUUUCUUCAUAAGGGAUGAAUUGAAGUACCUGCAAGAGGAAGGCCAAUUCCUUACAACAUACCCCCGAGUGGGAUACAGCCGAUGGCCUGCUGGUGAGGCCUCAGUGGAACACCUGCAGGAGAUGGCCCGCAUCCGCCUCUGUCUUGACAAGGCAUCUGAGAUCCUCGCCGAGCUUCAGGACGGCUCAGAGAUGGCGGAGGAGAAGCGUCGCUACCUGAAGCAGGUGGAGCGCUUCUGUGCCCGGGUCCAGAAUGACUGGUACCGAGUGUACCUGGUGAGGAAGCUCACCAGCCAGCAGGGGAUGGAGUUUGUGCAGAGCCUCUCCAAAGAGGGCCAUCCGGCCCACUGGGUGUUUCCUAAGGAAGUCAUCGCACAGCAGAGGGAUCAUCCAGGCCAGAUGGACCGGUAUCUGGUGCAUGGGAAUGACUACAAGGCUGUCCGGGAUGCAGUGGCCAAAGCCAUUCUGGAAUCCAAGCCCCUGGCUGUUGAGACUGCUCUGGAGGCCUGUAGGAGCUCCACAACUCAGGAGGCUGUCUACCUACUGUUAGCACUUUUUAGAGAGGUCACCACUUUGUACAGAUCCCACAAUGCAGACCUCCAUCCUAAGCCACAGCAAUGUGAGGCUAUGAAGAAAUUCAUUGAGAAAAGCAACACCUUGUCUCCUGAUAUCAGAGCUUUUGCAAUGUCUCUUGUGAAUAAUGAAUUACCCCUGCUGAGGACAGGUCCUGGGGUCAACAACCUGGAAGGGACAGUAAUAGAAAUGGCUGUUCAUGCUGCAACCGUCCUUCUCUGUGGACAAAGCCAAGUCUUAGGACCCCUGAAGAAUUUGGCCUUCUUCCCACACCUCAUGGUGAAUGCCUUUCUUCCAACAAUGCCUGAAGACUUGCUGCCUCAAGCUAGGAAUUGGAAGGGUCUGGAAGGAGUCAAGUGGUACACAUGUCCCAAUGGUCACGUGUGCUCUGUAGGAGAGUGUGGCAUGCCGAUGGAACAGAGCUUUUGUAUUGACUGUCGUGCUCCAAUUGGAGGGAUUAAUCACAAACCAAAGGAGGGAUUUCAUGCUAUCGAUGAUACCACGGACAGAACUCAAACUGGCCAUGUGCUGGGAAACCCACCACCCAGAGGUGUGCCUGUGGUAUCUGACCGACAGAUGUCCCCAGUGGUCUUCCUUCUCAUCCGGCUGCUCACUCAUCUGGCUAUGCUUCUGGGAGCCACCCAGAGUCCCCAGGAUUUGAUGAACAUCAUCAAACCUCUGGUGUGGGAUCCUAAAGGGUUUCUGCAGCAGCACAUCCAGAGAGACCUGGAGCAGCUAAAGAACACGCUGGGGAGGAGCGCGGACGAGACCGCCAGUGUGGUGCACCUCGUCCUGUGCCGCCUUCUCCGAGAGCAGGGCCACAGGUCUUUCAAUUUGGUUGCAGAAUUGUCAACCAGAGAAGAGAGGAACAGGUGGGAAAAGCUUGUUGAGACUAUUAUUCUGCGUGAACUAGAGCAUCUAGAUAAAACCCUCCUGGCAGUGAACGCUCAGAUCAGCCAAGAUGAGCGCAUCAGCUCCAACCCUGUGGCCAAAAUCGUGUAUGGUGACCCAGUGACCUUCCUGCCCCGCCUGCCCAAGAAUAGCAUGGUUCACUGCUCUAAGAUGUGGAGCUGCAGGAAAAGGAUCACCAUUGAGUACCUCCAGCACAUCGUGGAGCAAAAGAACGGCAAAGAAUCAGUGCCCAUCCUCUGGAAGUUUCUGCAGAAGGAGGCAGAGCUGAGACUGGUGAAAUUCUUGCCCGAGAUUUUGGCCCUGCAAAGGAAUCUAGUGAAACGAUUCCAGAAUGUUUCGGAAGCUGAAUACAGAUCCAUCCAGAGUUUCAUUAGCAGUCACGAUUCAGAUGGGCUGAAGAAGUUAGCCUGCAGUAGAAUCACUAUCUUUCUGUCAACAUGGAACAAGCUGAGGCGAUCGCUGGAGACCAAUGGUGAGAUCAAGCUCCCUAAAGACUACUGCAGCUCCGACCUGGAUCUAGACACUGACUUGGAAGUCAUCCUGCCUCGCCGCCAGGGCCGGGGCCUCUGCUCCACCGCCUUAGUCAGCUACUUGAUUAACUUGCACAAUGAAAUUGUCUAUGCGGUAGAGAAAUUCUCCAAAGAAGACAACAGCUACUCCGUCGAUGCCUCUGAGAUUGCUGACCUGCACGUCAUCAGCUACGAAGUGGAGCGGGACCUGAUUCCACUGAUUCUCUCCAACUGUCAGUACCACGUGGAGCAGGGCGGGAAGACCUUGCAGGAGUUUGACCUGGAGAAGAUCCAGCGCCAGAUCAUCAGCCGCUUCCUUCAGGGCAAGCCUAGGCUGACCCUCAAGGGAUUACCCACUCUGGUAUACAGACGUGACUGGAACUAUGAGCAUCUCUUCAUGGACAUCAAGAACAAAAUGCCACAGCGUCCCCUCCCCAAUGUGGCCAUCACUGCCAUCAGAGGACAACUGCAGUCAUACAGUGAUGCCUGUGAAGCUCUCUCUGCCAUAGAAGUCACACUGGGGUUUCUGAGCACAGCUGGUGGGGAUCCAGACAUGCACUUAAAUGUGUAUAUCCAAGACAUGCUGAAGAUGGGCGAUCCGACCUCACUGGUUUCAAAGGCCUUAAACAGAUGCCAGUUAAAACAUACCAUCGCCCUCUGGCAGUUCCUCUCUGCCCACAAGUCUGAACAGCUACUUCGCCUGGGAAAAGAGCCAUUUGGGGAAAUCAUUCCAAGGUACAAAGCUGAUCUCAGCCCUGAAAAUGCUAAGCUGCUCAACACCUUCCUAAAUCAGAUUGGCCUGGAUGCUUUCCUCCUGGAGCUUCAUGAAAUGAUGAUCUUGAAGCUAAAGAACCCCAAGACUGCAGAGAGUUUCAACCCUGAGUGGAGACUGAGAGAUACACUGGUGAGUUACAUGGAGACUAAAGACAGUGAAAUUCCUCCUGAAAUGGAAUCUCAGUUCCCAAAAGAGAUACUGCUUUCCAGUUGUGUCGCUGUGUGGAAAAUGGCUGCGGAACUGAAACGGAAUCGACAAAUGAGAUAGAAUUAUUUCCUGUCUCUACAGGGGACUUGGGGAGAGAAGGCUCUUCCCUCCUCACCGGUGGGUGCUUAGAAGGAAAGCUGUGGGCACAGCACUAAAUUUGAGACCAAGAUGUGCUGUGCUGGCUAACAGCUUCUUGAGAGCCAAGCUGUUUCAGGAACAUGUGUAUAUUCAGAAACUUAUCUCCUCAUAUUCUGAAUACCAUUCAUUGGGAGGUGAGAACUGAAGCUUACAUGGAACUAGAAUAAAGCACCAUCCUCUAGGAAAGACCAGGAGAGACCAAAAAUAGCUUCUCAGCUUCACACAUACAAACCUGUGCCCCAGGUGUCCUAGUCUCUUACCAUGCACGUACUCAGCACACCAAGCCCUUCUUCCUCAGACUACUGCAUGCUGAGAGGGACAGAAAAUAAGGUUAUUAAUUUUUGCCUUCUUUUCUAGUUUAUUCUGCAGUCACAAAAGAGAAUCUGGUUUUCUUCCUUCUUCCAUUCCUUUAAAUUCAGAGAAUUGUACAAAUACUUCUAGGUCUCCAGGAAGAUACAAAUACAAGUCAGGCCAUUCUGCGAGUGCCUUGAUGCCAAACUAGCUAGCCCUCACCCAUGCCCACAAAUGAUUCACUGCCAAAUUUCAAGGGUCAGAGCCCCGAAGCUUUCAUUGUGAAGAGCACUGGGCCAAGAGUCAAGGACACUCUUAGUGACUUAGUUUCCACAUCUACAAAAUGACAGGACUGAAGUCCAGGUUU